GGAAGAAUUGCCAAUUCGCUCGUGAGGUCGACGAAGGACGUUCGCCUUUUCAUCUCAUAAAACUGUCCCUGAUCCAUCGAAUUUCAAGAUGGCAUUAUCCAAUAAACUUUCCAUUACCGAUGUAGACUUGAAAGGAAAGAGGGUGUUGAUCAGGGUUGAUUUCAAUGUGCCGAUGGAUGGGAAGACUAUCACAAACACACAGAGAAUUGUCGCAGCACUACCCACUGUCAGGCAUGCAUUGGAGAACGGAGCAAAGUCUGUUGUCCUCAUGAGCCAUUUGGGGCGGCCAGAUGGCAAGGUUGUCCCAAAAUAUUCCCUCGAACCUGUGGCCGCAGUUGUAGAAAAGGAACUUGGAAGGCCAGUUACAGUCUUAAAAGAUUGCGUCGGAGCAGAAGUGGAAAGCGCAUGUGCCAACCCAGCAGCGGGCUCCGUGUUUCUGCUGGAGAAUCUGCGCUUCCACGUCGCAGAGGAAGGCAAGGGUGUCGGAGCAGAUGGACAGAAGGUCAAGGCCAGCGAGGCAGAUGUCGCUGCAUUCCGGGCAUCGCUGUCAAAACUUGGCGAUGUUUAUGUGAAUGAUGCUUUCGGUACUGCACACAGAGCUCACAGUUCCAUGGUUGGAUGCAAUCACAGUCAAAGAGCAUGUGGAUAUCUACUGAAGAAGGAAUUAACAUACUUUUCAAAGGCAUUGGAGAACCCUGAUAGGCCAUUCUUAGCAAUUCUUGGAGGUGCUAAGGUUAAAGACAAGAUUCAACUUAUUGAGAACCUGUUGGAGAAAGUGAAUGAGAUGAUCAUUGGGGGAGGAAUGGCGUACACCUUCUUGAAAGUCCUCAACAAUAUGGAAAUCGGGGAUUCUCUCUAUGAUGAAGAUGGGGCAAAAAUCGUACAGAAACUGAUGGAUAAGGCCAAGGCGAAAAACGUGACCAUUCAUCUACCUUCUGAUUUUGUGACGGCAGACAAGUUUGACAAAAAUGCAACAACUGGUGCAGCUAAAGUAUCGGAUGGGAUACCUAAGGGAUGGAUGGGCCUUGACUGUGGAAAGGAAUCUGUUGCCAAAUUCUGUGAAGUUAUCAAAAGAGCCAAGCUGAUUGUCUGGAAUGGACCACUUGGUGUAUUUGAGUUUGACAAAUUCGCUGCUGGUACGAAGGAUGCCAUGGACGCAGUUGUGGCUGCUACGGCCGCUGGAACAACCACUAUCAUUGGUGGUGGGGACACAGCUACUUGCUGUGCCAAGUGGGGCACCGAGGACAAGGUCAGCCAUGUCAGCACUGGUGGUGGAGCAAGCUUGGAGCUGCUGGAGGGAAAGACUCUUCCUGGUGUAGCCGCUUUGUCUGAUGUCAAGUAAAUGUGAUACAAUGAACUUUGAUUGCUCCGUAAUCCCGUCAUUCUCAGUCUGACGCAUCUUAGGUAGCAAGGUGAUUUCCACUAUGGACAUAUACAUAUGAUUCAUGCAGUGAUACCUCUCAGAACUCCCAAGAUUAUCCAAAGUGGAGAAUUAAAAAAAUCUCAAAAUACUUAUUUUGUUUUUAUGUCUAUCAUGAUUAUGAAUCAUAGGAGGCAUGUGAUAUAGUCAUGAAUGCAUCGGCAGCUGAAUUCUGUAAAUACCUGCUAAGCAGGUUCACACUCGCAGUCUAAUGGGUGAACACUUAGUCUAGCAGGUUCUGACUAUGUCUAGCAGGCCCUCGCACUCGCAGUCAUGAUAUUCACAGACACACCUUGUUAACGGAACCAUAUGUUACAUUUGCUUUUGCAUACAUGUACAUGAAGGUUGUCAUCCAGUUUAGUUAUAAGAAAACUGUUCUAUCACAUGCCGAUCCUGCCCUAUCAGGCUUAAUCUUAAUCGUAAUGGGUAUUCCAAUUUCAGAGGAUUUGUUUCUUGUUUGGCCUCAUCUUUGUGACAACCGAAGCUUGAACUACCCUUGGCCUGAGCUUUCAUCAAAUAGUACCACUGAGAAUUCAUUAUCAACCCUAACAGUCAUUCAUAUCACCCUGAAAUCAUGUUAUUGCCUGUCUGAGUGAAAUAAGAGAUUCCUUAGAACUUCCUAGAGAACCUUUGAAGGGUUUCUGCAAAACUGGCCAGUUGUGCAAAAAAACUUGUUUACAUUGAAAGUAGGGUAGCUAAAAGGAUUAAAUAUGUUCAUGUACAUUGUAAUCAUGAAUGUUUUAUGUAAAAUUUUGCUAAAGUUUAAUACUGGUUGUAGAAAGGGUCGAGGUAUUUGCUAAUGUUGUACUUCUUGUCCAAAUAAAUGCUGUAAUGGUUGGUUCUGUUUUGGCAGUGCAACGAUUUCUUAUGUACUUUUACUUGCUUAUUUUGUUCUGUUGUACCUUGUUUCCCAUGUGAGUCAGAGUGAAGUAGGAAUACUUUUAUUUGCUUGUUUUCCUCAAUACUAAAAUCAUGCAUCCGGAUAGUUUAUACUGGUAGUAAUGUGAUUUUAUAAGAAUAAAUCUUAUUGGAUAGGAUACAA